ACAUCGUAAUAUCUUUUAUUAUCAAUACAAAUUGUCUUCACAUAAAUAAAUAUUUUUUUUUAAAAACAUAACUAUUAAAUAUAACUGUCCAACAGUACAACGGUGUAUUAAUUUUUGCAAUAGCAAUGAGUGUUUAAAGAUUCCGGAAAAUAUAGGAUAAAACCCAGAACAAUUCCAUAAUAUCCGUCAAAUGCACGGUCAAUAACGGAAAUAAAUUGACCCUUUCAGUCACGGACACGGUGAAAAUAAUAAAAUAAUGGCAGUAUCCGUCACGGAUAUGGUGAAAAUAAUAAAAUAAUGGCAGUAUCCGUCACGGCCACGGUGAAAAAUGGGAAAAAUUGGCCGUGACCGUCACGGAUACGGUGAAAAAUUGGAAAAAUUGGCCGUAUCCGUCACGGAUAUGGUGAAUUUAAAAUCCGCGUCCGUCACGGUUACGGUGCACCCACGGUUUGUCACUGGUGUCGUUUGGCUGGACACACAAGGUCUAAAUGCCCGGAGUUGGCGAAAACCAAAUGCUUCUCGUGUCGUGGUAGUGGACAUACCGCCAAAUCCCAAGGAUCUUCCCUCACCCAUCGUUUUGAGCUUCCAUGCUCAAGUGCUAUCUGACUCGGACACAGAUAUUUCUGACGUAUCUACGUCCCCCAAGUUUGAACCAAGUGGCUCGGCACCUUCUAAGUUUGCAACCACUGUUGCUAUUGUAUCCAUGGAGGUUGACAAUCACAUGAAUACUACCACACCUGCUUCUUCGACGGCUGGUCCGAUGGUCGAAGUUACUAGUGGCGCUAUAAAAGUUCCUGGUGCCAAGCGCUCGGUUUUAGGUAAGCAUUCUGUCCCGAAAUCAGGCAUUAAAGGUCCGCUUCCCAAAUUGGUGGUUCGUACACCUCCAGUUUAA